CGCACAAUGAUCCUCGGGUUACUCCUGGCUCUCAACUUCUUCCCCUCAAUUCAAGUAACAGGGAUCUCUAAAAUUUAUUUUUAGAGCAUAUUGAAAAUGUAUUAGGCAGUAAAGAAUAACAGUAAGGAGAGCGAAGCCUCACUCCGACAGAAAACUACUUAAAAUUGGUAAUUGUACACACGAUACUUUGAGGAUGCACUUUGUGGACAGCCAUCCAUCACCAAUUCAUUCAUUCUCCUUUGAGGAUACUUUUGGAAACAAGAUUUUGGUGAAGCAGUCGCCCAUACUUGUGGUGAACGACAAUGAGGUCAACCUUAGCUGCAAGUACACCUACAACCUCUUCUCAAAGGAGUUCCGGGCAUCCCUUUAUAAGGGAGCAGAUAGUGCUGUGGAGGUCUGUGUUGUGAAUGUAAAUUACUCCCGUCUGCUUCAGUUUAAACCAAAUACAGGAUUCAACUGCGAAGUGAAGUAUGGCAACGAAACAGUGACAUUCUACCUCCGGAAUUUGCACGUUAACCAAACGGAUAUUUACUUCUGCAAAAUCGAGGUCCUGUAUCCUCCUCCUUAUAUAGACAAUGAGAAGAGUAACGGGACUAUUAUCCAUGUGAAAGAGAAACAUUGUCCAGCUCCUCGGCCUCCUGAGUCUUCUAAGAUAUUUUGGGUGCUGGUGGUGGUAAAUGGAGUCGUAGCUUUCUAUAGCUUGGUAGUAACAUUGGCUCUUUUUUUCUACUGGAUGAAGAGUAAGAGAACCAGGAUGCUUCAGAGUGACUACAUGAACAUGACCCCCCGUAGGCUGGGGCCCACCCGGAAGCACUACCAGCCCUAUGCACCAGCACGUGACUUUGCAGCCUACCGCUCCUGACACGGACGCCUAUCCAGAUGCAGGCCGGCUGGCACCUCUUCACCUGCUCAACACCACUGCUCUGGAUAGGAAAGGACUGCCUCAUCUUCAGCCAGCCACCGUGGGCUCCUGUUAAGCCACCAGUGCCAAUAUUUCUUAAACAACUAGACUGAAUAACAUCAUUUUGAGACUCUGAAGUGACAUUAAAGAACGUUACUGUGGCAGGCUCUAUCUUGUAGUGCCAUGGCCCAGAUGCAAACGCACCAUGUAUUUAUUGACUUGAUGGAGAAGUUAGGGUAGAAAACAAAAAGUGGGGCAGGUUCUUUUAGCCUGGAAAUUUGCUUCCACUUCCACUCCUUUCUAACUCACCUGCACAUGGUGGUCAAGUGAUGUGUGAUAUUGACUUUCUAGGUGGAGAAGAAAGGUCAGAAAAAUCAUUCCCUUUUGUUAAAUGGGGGUUUGGGGUGGGGAUAGGUUAGGACGGGGGAAGGAGUGAUGAGAUGAAAACAUUUAAAAAACCAUUAAAACACUGUCUCUCACUCAGGAAAUGAGCCCAUUAGUUCCUAUUUAAUGCUGUUUUACAUUUAGUUUGGAAGGAUGUGGAGAUUAUUUUUGAUGAAUUCUGGUCUUAUUUGGUCAUUUUGACCAAUAGAAUUCUUUCAAAGUAGUGGGAGGUGAACCAACUUGCUUUCCUUACUCCCUGUGACAGGAAUUCAAUAUAGUCUUUACAAUAUGAUUUUAAAAGAAUAAACUAGCCCUCCCACACUGAGGAAGAAUGUGUCAGGAAAUAACACCUCUUGAUGUCAAGAUUAUUUGAAUAUUUUAAAGGACUAUUUGUUUUGCAGCUCAUUCCUGUCCCAUCAUAUAGGGGCCUUUUCUGAUCCAUGUAUUUCAGGUUUGCACAGUUGGUUUCUUUAUUGUCUGCUUGGAGAUCUAGAGUAGGAUGCUGAGAGCUCAUCACUAGGAGAAGUGAUGAUACUGUGAAAAGGGGAUGUUAGCAUCCACUUGAGUAUGGAGAUGAGUCCCGAAAAACUUCCAAAGGAGGGAGAAUAGAAGGGAGUGAUGUCAUUCUUGCCAUGUGCCGAGGGAUGCCCUGCGCCGAGGGAUGCCCUGCAUCUGGUGGAAGUUUCUCAGAAGGCAGGCAAAAGGAGCUGUGUUGAGAGCUCCUGUAUGGGACAUUUUAAGCUUUAGGGCUCAGAGCUCCAAAACUCUGUGGUUCAGCUGCCUGUUUCCCCUGGAAGUCCAUCAACAUGGAAAAGUGUUUGAUGUUUUUGAGAUAGAGUCAAAGUUCUCAAGAUAUCCUGCAAGGCCAGACCCUGGAAACACCAUGGAUAUUUUUAUGGAUCCAGUACGGCUCAAGUGGAGUAUGUCCUGGGACCUUGAAGGAUUGCUAUACUGCUGCCUUAUAAUUUGUUCAGUGCUUCGAUUCAUUCAGAUGUUGGAGGAGUCGAGGCUUUAGAGGCAGAGAGGCCUGAUUCAAGUCCCAGGCUAGCUGGCUUCAGGCGAGUCACUGCCUUUGUAAGACUCUGAUUCUUCAACUAUAAAGUGAAGAUAAUGAUUACAGAUGUCUUUCCUUAUACUAUCAUUUCCACGAGGGCAUGUCUCAAGUUUGCCUUUUUUUUUUUCCUGCUUAUCUCUGGCACAUGGUACUAUACCUGACAUAUGUUAGGUAUUAUCAUUAUUGUCAUAUAAAUAAACUAUGUAUAAAAAUUAAACUGGGCAAUGACCUGUGGAGGGAGAGACUAUUGUAACACAACUUUAAAACCCACUAUCCAGGGAUGAGGUGCUACAAAAUUUGAAAGCCACUUAACUCCCCCUAUUUCCAUGUUUCAAAAUAUACAUAUAAUUUUUUUUUCUUUUUAUGGCUGUACCUACAGCAUAUGGAUGUUCCUGGGCUAAGGGUCGAAUCAGAGCUGCAGCUCCCAGCCUACACACACAGUCACAGCAAUGCCUGAUUUCAGCUGCGUCUGAAGCCUACACUGCAGCUUGUUGCAACACCGGAUGGAUCCUUAGUCCAUUGAGCAUGGCCAGGGAUCAAACCCGCAGUCUCAUGGAUACUAGUCGGGUGCUUAACUUGCUGAGCUACAAUGGGAACUCCUCAAAAUAGUUUAACUUGUAAUAAAAUGUACAGCAUUCUUCCUCCCUCUUUUAUGUAUAUAAAGAGGUCUUCUUUACGUUAUUUUUAUUUUUUUGUGACAUGGGAGGGAUAGAAAUCUUAUAAUUCCAGACAGAGGAUAUUGUACUUUGGUUGAUUUUUAUAUGGGCUACCAUUCCAUGAAUUUAAUUAGUUUGAAUUAAGUCAAAUUUAGGAGUAUUUGGAUGAUGAAGAACUGUUGAAUUUAUACUGCACACGUGCCACAUUGCCAGCCUCUUGGCACAUAGACCUCCUUAAUCUAAGUUAUCAGAUUGAAUUUGAAAAGGACAGAGCUGGAGGAUUUUUAGAAAGGGCAAUGACAAAAAAAUAAAUAAAUUUAAAAUGGAAAGAUCUGCUCUUUGGCAGUAAAUGCUUUUAUUUUCUGAUGGGAAAAAUAGGUUUACUGAAGAUGAAUCAUACUUUAGAUUUUUCUUACUCACUCUGAAAAAAACCAAAGUAGAAAUGUUAAUAGGGAAGUCCUUUUUCACUAUUAGUGUGAACAAAGAAAUGGUUUAAAAACAGUGGUUGGAGCAAUGCUUUUACAGUUUCAGACAUGGCAGUUAUGAAGAAAACAAUGUCAUUUGCUGCUAUUAUUGUAAGAGUCAUCAUUACCAAUGUUUCUAUAAUUUUUGAUUGUGACCUCACCUAUUUGGGGCUGAGCAUACCAAUUUAAAGAGAUCAAGUGUA